AAAUAUACUUCUUUCUCAAUCUCUCCCCUUUCAAUAUCUUCCCUCCCAAGAGAAUAAUCAUGAGAACUGACAUAGAAAGCCUUUGGGUUUUUGCUUUAGCUUCAAAAUGCAAAUCUUUCACUUCCCUAAACUCAAUAUGCUUUGCACUUUUUAUUGUUCUUAUCUACCUAGUCAUGAACAUAAUUUACUGGACUCACCCUGGUGGUCCUGCUUGGGGCAAACACACAUGGAAAAAGUUAGUGUCAAAUCGUAUUCCAGGCCCGAAAGGGCUCCCUAUAAUAGGAAGCAUGAACCUUAUGACUGGCCUAGCACACCAUAAAAUAGCAGCAAUGGCGAAAAAACUUCAAGCCAAUCGUCUCAUGUGUUUUAGCCUUGGUGAAACCAGAGUCAUUGUGACUUGUAAUCCGGACGUAGCAAAAGAAAUACUCAACGGUUCGGUUUUUGUUGAUCGUCCAGUUAAAGAAUCAGCCUAUAGGCUAAUGUUUAAUAGAGCAAUUGGUUUUGCUUCAUAUGGAGUUUAUUGGAAAACCCUUAGAAAAAUUGCAGCUAAUCACCUUUUUUCUCCAAAGCAAAUCAAGAUUUCUGAAAAACCAAGGUCCCAAAUUGCCAAACAAUUGAUUUCCAUGUUUGAAAACAGUCCAAAUGACAUUUUACGUGUUAGGGAUGGUUUAAAAUUGGCUUCUUUGAACAAUAUGAUGUGUUCUGUUUUUGGAAGAAAAUACAAUUUUGAUUCUUUUAAUUUGGAGACUGAAGAAUUGAUGAAACUGGUUGAUGAAGGUUAUGAACUUUUGGGUAUGUUAAAUUGGUCCGAUCACCUUUCUUUUUUGGCUGAAUUUGAUCCACAGAGAAUAAAAUACAGGUGCUCUGAAAUUGUGCCAAAAGUGAACAAGUUUGUUAAAAGGAUUCUUGAUGAACAUAUGGCUAAAUCUGGUGAAAGUCAUGGUGAUUUUGUGGAUGUUUUGCUAUCUCUUCAAGGUUCAGAAAGAUUAUCAGAGUCUGAUAUGAUUGCAGUACUUUGGGAAAUGAUAUUUAGGGGAACUGACACGGUGGCAGUAUUGGUAGAAUGGAUACUAGCACGAAUGGUGAUGCAUCCUGACGUUCAAUCAAAAGUUCAAGUCGAGAUAGAUAGAGUCGUCGGAAGAUCACGAGCUAUGACAGAGUCUGACAUAUCGGAAAUGACAUAUCUAUCGGCAGUGGUAAAAGAAGUACUCAGGUUGCAUCCUCCUGGCCCACUAUUGUCGUGGUCUCGCCUUGCAAUAACAGACACCACGAUUGAUGGUUAUCAUGUGCCGGCUGGGACCACGGCCAUGGUGAACAUGUGGGCCAUCACGAGAGACGCAGAUGUUUGGGCCGACCCACUUAUGUUUAAACCCGAGAGGUUCGUGAAGGAGGCCCAUAGUGACGUGGAAUUCUCGGUAUUAGGGUCCGACAUGAGAUUGGCACCAUUUGGGUCCGGAAGGCGAUCUUGCCCCGGAAAGACUUUGGGCUUGACCACAGUCACCUUUUGGGUUGCAACUCUUUUGCAUGAAUUCGAGUUUGGGCCCAGUAGCAAUGUUGACUUGUCUGAGGUAUUGAAGCUCUCUUGUGAAAUGGCCCACCCACUUAUGGUCAAGAUCCGAUCCAGACGUGCUACAUCAAACUAAAUAUGUUGCAAUAUAAAAUAAAAUAAAAUGGAAACACGGUCCCAAUUGUUUGUGUUUGGUCAUAUUGGCGUUUUAUAGUAUUGCUUUUUAUUUUUCCUUUUUUUUUCUUUUGUUUUUUACUUUGAAUUUGCUCUUUUGACAGUUGAUUUGGCUUUUGCUUGUACAAAUGAUGGUUCAAUUAAUAUAAGUUUCCGUUAAGAUAUA